AUGGCGAAGCCGGCGAGGGAAAGGUGAGAGGGGAAACUGAGGGAAGGAGGGAAGCCGAGGGCCUCAAGGGGACCCGAAGCUGAAGGCUGGGAGAUUCAGGGCGAAAGGAAGAAAGCUAAAAAGAUUUUUUAAUUCUCCUUUCCAAAAAAAUCCUGAAGCCUUUCUGUUAGGCAUCAUGUUGAUUGAAAUACCAAAAAGCCUAAGAACACUUUUUAUGUAUGCAACCGCAGCAGCUAGGAUUUUAAUAGCUAAAAACUGGAAAGACGAUUUAAUCCCCACAAAAACUGACUGGCAAGCGAAGAUGAUAGAAUAUUUAGAACUUGGGAAAAUGACUGGGAGAAUAAAAGGAAAAUCAAAUCAGAAAGUAAAGAUUGGGCACUAUUCAAAGAAUAUCUUUUAAAAGCACUGUGAUAAUGCAGUGCUCCUGACAGGUUUAGAUUGCAUCUUGAAGGGUAAGGAAACGUUAAUAAAAAUAAUUUAUUUUGGUAAGUAACGGAAGAGAGUAAUAAUAAAGAAGUGCAUAUAGAAUAAUAUGGUUUAAAAAGCACAAUGAGGUGAGUCGGAAGUUAAAGUGUGUCUAAUGUCAAAGGAUAUGUUGCUAGUUAGUGGUUUGUGUAUGUUUAUUGUGAUUGUCUAUGUUUGAUGUAAAUUGUUUUGUAAUGAAGAACUUGUUAAAAUUAUAAUAAAAAAGAAAGCUUUGAAUUGUGCAGUGAGGCUGUGGAACUCCCUGCCACAGGAGGGCGGUGGUGGCUACUGACUUUGGCGACUUCAAAUCAGGACUAGACAAAUUCAGGGAAGGUAAUGAUGAAGUGUUGGGGAAGGGUGGAAACAUGUCGUGCGCCUUUGGGGGUAGUUUGUCCGCCUUUGGUGCCCACCCUGCACUCAGCUCUCGCCUGUGGCUCCUAGAAGCUGUCAGCAUGCGAUGGGGGGCCAUGUCCCAGGAACGACUUUGACUGGCUGCCUAAACCAGACGAGGGCAGCCGAUGAGUCUCAAACCCUCAUUGAGUUAGGAGCUGCCCUGCAUUCAAAGACAGGAUCCAGCGGAUUGCGUUGACAAGACCAAGAGUGAGGCCAAUGGGCAAGAAGGCAGUUUCUGCACCUGCUGUCGGGGGAAGUGAGGGGCAGGUGGGGCUCGUCAACCUGGGAAGGUAGCCCAUCUAGGAGAAGGGAAAACUCUGAGCCUAAACCUUUCAGGAGCUAUGUUUGAAACUAACCAGGCGCAUUCCGGGCAGAUCAGAAACUUACAAAGGGAAUGUUUGUGAAGCACAAGUCAUGUAAUAUGGUCGAACAGAUGCCGAUGUAGGAAACGGAACAAAAUCGUGAUAGAAUGAAAGCAAGGCUUGGAGUUUCUCAUGUGCCAUUUUCUAUUUUAUUAUUGUACAGUGAGGUUUUGGCCUCCUCCCUAGUGAACAGCGUGACCCAAGCUUUUGGAAAGCUUGUAGACUUAUGGAACGAAAUGGGUAUCAGCAGAGAACUGCAGCUGGAGCGCAUGCAGACAGCUAAGGCGCACAUUGAGGUAUGGAGCAGUGUGUGUGUGAUUUGUACUCCAAAUGCUCUUAAACAGUUGACUUAUUUCAGUUUGUCAAUUUAUAUAUUAAUGGGUUUUAGGUCCUUCUUUGUGUUUUGUUCCAAAUAAUAUUUUGUUGCUUUAAAGCAGCAGUGUGAGUUUUUGGGAGAAAAUUCCAAUUUCUAAGUCCGGUGCUCAGACUGCUGCUGGGAGAUUUAUCUGUUUUGUUUUGUGCUAUUUACCAUUUGAGUCUUUACAUUGACACCCUCCUUCCUGACACUAUGACCCAGCUCCCCAAGGAAUGAAGGGAGCUGUAUUUCAGCAACAUCUGGAGGGACGCAGGUUCUUGAGCUAGCAGAUCCUGAAUCUUUCAAUUAAGUUGCAGGCCUUCAUAUCUUUGCUGACAAAAUUAAUAAUGCUCACUAACUUGCAUUGCAAAACUUACAUGAACUGCAGCAGUUGGCUUUUAUUUUGGCAGAAGUGACAGUAUAUUUUGUUCUCUUCCAUUUUUACAACAAUUGAUCCAAUGCACAGUUUCUACUUGAUUUUGGAGACCUCAGCAGCAAAAAUGUAAAGGGCUUACUUAGACAGUCAAUGACUGGUCUCUUCCUACAUAUAAAAUGGGUAGGGCUAAAUGCAGAGACUAAGAAAAUAUGGUGCAGGUCCCAAAGCACCUGGUUAAAUAUUUCCAUUUUUCGACCAACCUUAUAGUAUUUACAAAAGCUAUAAGCCAAGCUGUCUGCUGAUAGCUAUCUGAAACACAUCAGUAGAUGAAAAGGAAUGUGAAGAAAGAACUCAUUUUAUAGAAACUUCCACCCCCCAGUUUUCUUGAUGGCUGGGAGGGGGCUAUUUGCUACUGACAAGUUGCUGUGUGUAAACAUGGUUUUAAGCCAGCCAGCUAAUAAUGCAAAAAACAGGAAGCCUCAGGAAGCCUACCAGACCACACUCCAGUUACUGAGUUGGGAGAUGGUAGUUUAUAUGUCAGAAACACUUCUUCUGUUACAAACUUGAGUGGUGUAUAUUUUAAAAUGCAGAACAUUAAUGUGGCACAAAUUCUUAAUUUAGCUAUGGGUGCAAUGCUUUAAUUUGACAGUUAAUAAAUCUGAUAAGGAACUGUACUUACACUACUGUUGUAUGGGUUUUUGGAUAGACUCUGUUGAAUGAAAUGAUUGAGGAAGAAAGUAAUUUGAAAGAAAAAAUUGAAAAUGACAUUGAAAUACAGAAGUCUCAGUUGAAUAUCGUGAGAUACGAACUCAAGCUGGACCCUUACCAGGCAAGUUGCUUCACUGCUGCUUAUUCCGGAUAACAAAGCACAAAGAUGUCACUUAGGUUGCAGUCCUAUACUUGAUAUACCAGGGAGCAACCCUCAUUAAGUUCAGUGGUGCUUACAUCUGAUUAGACUUGUAUACAAUUACAACGUUAACGACAAUGGGCUGAUAUCUGCCACCAUGAUGAGUUUUUAUUCUCAGCACUGUUUUCUGUAAUUACCAUUGCAUUUGAAAAUCUGGAGCUCUUGCUUUGCACGUGUAAGGUUUCUAUUGAACACUUGGAAUCUCUAGAGCCCUCUGAUGGGCAUAAUUGUAAUUAAUGUGAUUCUUCAGAGCUGCUUUUUACUGUUGUAAUGAAUUAAGACUUAAAAUAUUUGGUCUGGCAGCUGACUGGAAGGUUACUGUUCAAAUACAAAUUCUGUUUCGGUACAGACCUGUCAAAAUGUGAUCUUUGCUCAGUACUGCCACUCACUGUAGUGUCAAUACAGGCAUCCUUCCACUUAUGCAUGGCACCAGGAAAUAAUUAAAUGAUUUGAUUCAAACCUGGAAAUGGCGAGAGAGAGCUGGAGAGUCCGUGUGGCUCACAAGGAGACCCUCCCUGGAAACCAAAGAGGAUGUCAGUGAGAGCACAGGAAGCCCCAAAGAGACUGGAGGUGCAGCAGGGCUUUGUUUACGCUGCUCAGCCUCCCCGCCUACCCACAGCUGAUGUGCGGGGUAGCGCAGCAGCAGCAAUUUCCUGCAUGUCCUCCAGCCUCCUGCCAGCCCCAAAGUUUCAAUUAUAGUUGUGGGUGUUUUUGGAUACAGUAUAUUUUGUGUGGAUUGAAGAGAGAGCGGCUGAGAUGGCAUUUGAAAAGGCUUAGAGGGGGCUCCCCACUUUACAUGAUUUCAGUUAUGCAUGCAGGGACCAAAAUGUAACCCCCGCGUAAGAGAGGGGGACAUCUGUACAUUUCUGCACCUAACCCUUUGUGACUCUUUACAGGUUGGUGAUGGCUUAUCCAUCAUCCAGUUAGAAAAAGAGUUUCGUUUGGCUUUAGAAGGCGCUCUUAAAGAAAAACAAGAGAGGCUGACGAAGUUGAAACAGCUGCAGCUAGAGGAGCAGAGACUAUGUUCAGAGCUUUACGCUACUCCAUACUACAUACCGACCGGCAGUGUUCCAAGUUGUUUGCAGCUGGAAGAAUUAGACAAACAUGUUCAGCAGCUCUUGAAAGUGAAGGUGUAGUACUGACCCCUCCCCCUUUGCAUUAUUUAAACAGAAACAUUGUAUUUAUUUUUAUUUAUUGAAUUUAUAUACCCAAUAUAUAGUAAAAAUCAGAGGUUCUGAUAAGGCUUGCUGGGCUUGGACCCAGGUAUGAGCCACAAAUGGAGGCAUUGUAUGGCUUCUGAAUAUUUCUCUGGUUUGAAUUAAAAUGUAAGAAGAAUUCUCAGCAACUUACACUUUCCCCCUCCCCUCUAGUCAGCCCCUAAAUGGUUACUUUUGCAGCCAGGAGACCUGCUGUUGGGGCCUCUAGAUGUGUAAAAGUUAGAAGUAAAGAUAGGGUUGCCACAUUUUACAAAGUGAAAAUCCAGACAGAAGAGUUGUAGAGUUUUGUUUUGGUUUGGUUUUGCAAAUAAAUUGAAGCUAUUUCUGAGGAAGAUCUGCAAAAUGACACUGCCGCCAUGCGUGCGGAUUUUCCCAGACAUUUCUCCAAUUUACGCCUGGACAUUGCUUGCGGCUACAGUAUUACAGAUAUGUCUGGGAAAUUCCAUAUGGCAACCCUAAAACUUGAAUUCACUCUGAAAUAAAUAUUUUCCCUUGGGAGAGGGGGAGUGAUUCAACUUACUUCUAAGCCAGUCUGGUGUGAAUUAUAGGGAGCUUCCUCAUGCCUACUAAACAUGCUGCUUUCUUAUCUCCUGGCAAAUUGCUUUUUAAUGCUUGUUCUAGAAAAAUUGCAUUUAAUUCAUAUCAGAUAUUCAUUCUGGUUAUCCAGAAUUAGCAAAUAGCCUUAAUCAAUAAACGAAUCUGUUCAUUUUUUGUUGAGCGGGUGAAACUAGUUUGAUAUUCCUGUGUUGCACUUAAAGUUGGACAGUGUCAGGAAUAUUGUCAAUCUGUUUUGUUGGGUUAAACGUGAUUUUUAGAUGUUCUUUAUAUCUGAGACCUCAUGACAGCAUUACAUUUGAAAGCUGUUUGAUCUGACUAUUUAAAUCAUUUUAUUUGUUUAGGAGCAAAGAUUGAAAGAGUUUUUUAAACUAAGGGGAAAGGUCAGGCAGUAUAAUAAAGAAAUUGGACACACACCAGAUGGGACACUGGAAAGUGAUAUGUUGAGCGAUGAAGAAGAAUGCAUUUGCCUUACAAAGAAAAACCUUGAGGAUCUCGAAUUGCUUGUUCAUCAGGUUGGUCUUUUGAAUGUAAAAAAGAAUUAUUCACAUGAAUGAGGCUGCUGUUCAGAUUGUUUAGCCCACAUGAAUACCAGAACCAAUAUGGUCCUUAAAUGAUGUUGGGCAAAUGCAACAGGUGUGCCAUUUAUAACCAUGGCUUGCAAAGUGCAAUAAAGGCCUCCAAUAUGGAGGUAUAAGUGCUUUCUUAUAGUCAGGCCAAUGGGUCUUCUGUAGCUAAUAAUGCUGCAAGGUGAUAUGUGUGGGCCAUGCAGUGUAAUAGUGAAUGAGGGUUCCAUCUCUAUUCUAACUUCCCACUCCCUGCCUUCAUCCAUUUGAAAUGAGACGGUGGAGCACAGGUUCCCUGUUGGAACUGUUGGGAUGCAACUCGGUUUGAACUGGAGGCUGAUUUGUUUCCAUGGGAAAGAGUAGAUAGAAGGAAGAACCUCCAAGUUGCCUAGACUGUCCUUUAACCUGUACUGACCUUCCAUCAUGUGUUAGACAUGUUUUUAGGGUUCCUGACCUCAUUUCCUUCUUUUUCUACAUCAUCGCUGGGAAAGGAAACAUCCUUGCAUCGUCCCUAUACAGUUGUACAGUGGUACCUUGGGUUACGAACGUAAUGCGUUCCAGAGGUCCGUUCUUAACCUGAGGCGCACUUUCGCUAAUGGGGCCUCCCACCACUCCGCCGGCGUGCAAUUUCCGUUCUCAUCCUAGGGCAAAGUUCUCAACCCAAGGUACUACUUCUGGGUUAGCAGAGUUUGUAACCUGAAGUGUUUGUAACCCAAAGCGUUUGUAACCAAGGUACCACUGUACCUUGGAAGUCAAACGGAAUCCGUUCCAGAAGUCCAUACAACUUCCGAAACGUUUGAAAACCAAAACGUGGCUUCUCAUUGGCUGCAGGAAACUCCUGCAGCCAAUCGGAAGCCCCAUUGGACGUUCGCCUUCCAAAAGAACAUUCGAAAACCGGGACAGUCACUUUGGGUUUCGAUUGUUCAUGAGCCAAAACGUUCGAGAACUAGGCUGUUCGACUUUCAAGGUACGACUGUAUGUGUAUUUCCUUCAAUAAACUUAGCUUCCAUCUUUUUCCAAACUCAAGAGUCUUGGUGUAAUUAUAUCCAGGCUAAAGUGUGUUCUACUCCAACAGUAAUUCAGUGUUCAGUUAAGCUUCCAAGCUGCAAGUUAAAUUGAAAACACCAACAUUUUCUCCCCCCACCCCCGCCCAAUCCGCCCCGGACCACCUCCCCACCUUAUAGAACUGGUAAUCACAAUACUUCAUUGCUUAAUUUUGGUACCGUGAUCAAGAUGGAGUGUUGGCAUGCACUUUUCCUGAGAAGCUGAUGAUGCAGUGUUACAUCUGGCUUGACUUGCUCUUGAGACUAUAUGGUACAGUUCACAUACCUUGUUGCUGCCUUUUCCAUAUGGCUGUUUUGUAUGAACUGAUGUAGAUGUGCCUUUGUAGUUGCAGGUCAAGAAAGACUCUCUAAUUGCCAGCAGAGAUGCUCUGGUGAAAGAGGUGCAAGUUUUGUGGGACAGACUUCAACAGCCACAAGAGAAGCAGGAGCAACUCACAAUGUUGGCAAGCAGAUGCCCUAUUUCUGAAGCAAUAAAAAUGGUAAUAGAAUCAGAAUUCUGAUGGCACUGUUCAUUAAUAAUAGGCUGACUACAAUGGUCUUUUAUGUAAUUUACAAUACAGAAAGGUAAGAGUCGCUUAAAACUACAGAAUCAGACUUCAGUUUAAAUUUGUGCUGGAUUUUUUAAAAGUCUUCUGUAGGCUCUGGAAGAUCAGGGAGGGGGCCUGCCUGACCUCAACUGGAAGGGAAUUCCACAAAAUUGGGUCCACAAUACUGAAUUCACAGCUCCUGGUGGAUACAAGCCACGAAUCUGAGCCAUGGGGUUACCACUAACAUUGACUCUGCCCAAGUCCUUGAUGAUCAGGCAAGGAUAGGCAAGGAUAGGAUUAGGCAGUACCUGUGGUAUCCUGGACCCACAUUGUUAAGGGCCUUGUAAAUUAAUACAAGAACCUUGAACUUGGUCGUGUAGUAUUCAGGCAGUCCAUGCAAACCUUGGAGCACUAAAGUUACAUCCCGGUGAUAGUCAUUCCCCAUCAACAGUCUAGACAUAGUGUUUUGCAGCAGCUGGAGCCUCCAGGUCCAAGAGUAGCCCCACAUAGGGCACAUUGCAGUAAUCAAGUCUUGAGGUCAUCACUGCAUGAAUCACCAUGGCCAGACUUUCCUUGUAAAAGAAUGGCUGUAGUUGACAUACCAGCUAUAGCUGGUAAAAGGCACUCCUAUUGAAAUUUAAUGGACCUAACUUAAGUCAUGCUCAUUAAUUUCAGGGAGUCCAGUCUGAGUAAAACUUCGUUGAUUACUACCCAGUGUUUUCCCCCCCAGAUGUUGAUAUUUACUGACUUUAUCAUCUGUUUUGUUUCACUGGAUCUGCUUUGAUGCUGGACCCUCAACAGUUUUGUGUCUCUCACCUGCAGUGAGUGGUAUUUUAAUUCUGAAGCUUCUGAAAUAGCAGCUGCAUGUGUUUUUAUAAAAUAUUUCUUCUUCAGAUACAUUAAUAUGAGAUGUAUGUAGUUGCUUAAAGCUAUAGAAUCAAGCUUCAGUUAAAAUACCUGCUGAGUUAAAAGAAAAGUUGCCCAGAGAAGACAUAGGCAGGAAAAGGCACACUUUCAGGCAUUUGAACCCAAAGCUAUUUAGGGCUUUAAAGUUAAGUAGUAGUACCUUAAAUUGGAUAAUGCAGGAGCCUUCUCAUUUUACUGUCUGGAGCUAACAUCUUGCUCUAAUGUAUUUUGAGCGUGUGGGCUUCUUCUAAGCUCAGCUGACAUGGAAGCAUUAAAUUUAAAGUGUGGGGGAAAUGGCCAUUUUAAAAAAAAGUUCUAAAGAGUUAAUUGUAUUCUACGUGAAUGCCUCUUGGUGUCAAACUGACAGUCAGAUCAGAUUACUCCAGUUUCAGGAAUAUCCCCAGUCUACGUACGUCACUGCUACAGCCUUUGCUGUAACAAAUUUGUAGUCAUGGAGAAGUCUGAGUAAUUGUCUGGAAAUAGUGAAAGCAAGAUCGCCAUUGCCAAAUGCAAUAACCAUGAGACACUUGUUUUGUUUUCAUUAGUGGGAAGAGGAGUUGGAGAACCUGGAAGUGCUGAAGAAGGAAAGUUUAAAACAAAUUACUUUCAGAGUCAGGCAAGAACUUCAUGAUUUCUGGGGCAAAUGCUUUUAUUCUGAGGAACAAAGAGCUGCGUUUCAGCCCUUUUUAAGUGGUAAUUCCUUACAUCUUAUAUCUUUCAAAUACAAACCUUUAUUUUGUGUCUACUUGUGACUAAAGACAGGUAAAACUAUUUUUGUCAUAAUUUUAAAAACGGAAUGUCUGGUUGAUGAGGCAAAAUUCUGUUAAAUCGUCUAGGGCUGGGUCACAGUGAAAGUGCUUAGUCGCUAUUUGAUCCUCAUCUUGUAGUUGCAGAGUCAUGCCAUGUGCCUAAUGAAACCUUAACUCUUGUUUUCUUGCUUUAGAUAAUUUCUCUGAAGAGUUGUUGAGUCAACACGAUGAAGAACUUUUGAGAAUAAAAGAGGUUUAUGAGAAAAACAAACACCUGUAUGAUAAUGUUCACAAAUGGAAUGCCAUCGGGGAGCGUUUGGGUGAACUGGAGGUCAGAAGUACUGAAUGCUUAUGUUAUCUCACUGCAGAGAGGGAAACUUGAAGCUGUUUUUAGAUAUGGGUGAAAUCUAGGUGAGCAUCAGACACAAGAUUCGAUUCGUAUCUGAAGCUUUGGGUAGAGGCCCAAUCUGUUUUGGAGCUGCUCUUUGGGUCUUUCCAAUUCAUCUCAUUAUUUGGGACCAAGAUACAGUGGUACCUUGGUUUAUGAACUUAAUCCGUUCCAGAAGUCCGUUCUUAAACCAAAGCGUUCUCAUACCAAGGUGUGCUUUCCCAUAGCAGCGGGGGACUCAACUUACAAAUGGAACACACUCAACAGGAAGCAGAACAUGUUCUUAUUCCAAGGCAAAGUUCACAAACCAAAACACCUACUUCCGGGUUUGCAGCAUUCUUAAUACAAGUUGUUCAUAAACUAAGCUUUUCUUAAACCAAGGUACCACUGAUCUGUUAAAAACGAAACUGACUCCCACCCCACCUCUAUCUGUUGGAGGUUUUAAAGCAGAUAUUGGGUGGCCAAUUUUGAUUAUAAUGGGAAUCUAAAACUGGAUUGCUCCCCUUCCACAGAAGUGGAUGAAAUGAGCAGGCAUGGUGCCCCUGCAGGAUGGAUUAACACUCCCAAAUUGUAGGCAAAUACAGCAAAAGGAGCAAAUGAGUGAAAGCUAGCCAAUGGAACAGUGCACUUGUUCAGAAGUGACCAUUUGACACAACUGUCAGAAACGUACAGCUUCUAUACUGUAUAGACACAAGGAUACUAGGAUCAUACCAGCCCACCCAUCAUUCGCUGAUAAAUGCAUAAAGCAGCUGUGCAAUGUUAUUGCUUGUCUUCAAAGGAACUGACAUAUGCCACUGAGCCGCAAAUACCCUCAUACUUGGUGCUUUGAAAGGAUAAUCUUUUAUCUGCCUGGGCUUGUACUAGAAUAAGAGCCACAAUCUUACUCGGAAUGGCAAGAUUCUUCUGAAUGUCUGCUUCAGGUUUUUGCUCUAGGAGGCUUAGUUUGGUCAGAAUCGAGUGUAUACGCUUCCAGAGUUAAUGCUAAAUACAUUACUUCUGGUGAAUGAGCCACCAUAGCCACUAGAGGGCUGUGGAAAAUUUGUGUCCUGGGCUUUUAGACUCGUACACCCAUGUACUAUAGGAAAACAAUCAGUUACUUAAUGUGUAACCUGUUUUCCUUCUGUAUUCAGAAAAAAUCAACAGAUCCAAGCAGACUUCUAAACAGAGGUGGUACCUUACUCAAAGAGGAAAGGGAAAGAUCAAAGCUUCAAAAACAAUUGUUAAAGGUAAGUCCCAGGGCCAUUUUUGUGUAGUUUCCAUCCAUUUUGGGUGAAAUUUGGUGCCUGAUCCACAUGAACACUUAGGUGUUCAUGUGGAUCAGGCACCAAAUUUCACGUAACCCCUUGUUGACUAACACUCCUUGGCAAAGCAGUUCUAACAUGUAGAUACAGUGGUGCCUCGCAAGACGAAAUUAAUCCAUUCCGCGAGUGUCUUCGUCUAGCGGUUUUUUCGUCUUGCGAAGCAACCCUAUUAGCGGCUUAACGGAUUAGCGCUAUUAGGGGUUUAGCGGCUAUUAAAGGCUUAUCGGCUUAGUGGAUUAGCUGCUAAAAGGCUAUUAAAGGCUUAGCGGCUUAGAUAAAGGGGGGGGGAAGCGGAAAAAAAAUCUCAAGACUCGCAAGACAUUUUCUUCUUGCGAAGCAAGCCCAUAGGGAAAUUCGUCCUGCGAAGCAACUCAAAAACGGAAAACCCUUUCGUCUAGCGGGUUUUUCGUCUUGCGGGGCACCACUGUAAUGCUUUCAUCUCAUAAACUUUGGAAGUAUUUUCUGUGCAUAUAAAGUUGCCUCUGGAAAGAACAUUGAUGACACCUCAAAUUUGAGGUCCAAAUGACUCCAGGUUCUUAGCAUGCUUGAUCGUUUCUUGGCUGAUCUAGCUAACGUCUCUAAUAUUGUAGAGGAAAGUGAAUUGUUCAGCUGCAAACGGAGUUGGAAGAGUGCCUUGAAUAGUGGCAGUGUGAAGUUUAAAGUCUUUCUGAAAUUGACUAAACUGGUUGUCAGUUCAAGGUUGAAAUUUUAAGUCCAAACCACCUUCCUGGUAUAGACUGAGCAUGUUGGCUAUUUGCAGAUUAGUUGCACUGCAGAAAGCGUGCUGGGGAGACCACACAUUACAAGGAACGCAAAAUAACUUUAGCUAGGUUUUAAUAACAAAAACUCCUUUUACACUAAAUAUAUCAACAAGCAUGACCCAACCACCAACCCAUCCCCCAGGGUACUGAGAGAGCUAGGUGCUGCUCUUUAUAUACUACAGUGGUACCUCGGGUUACAUACGCUUCAGGUUACAUACGCUUCAGGUUACACACUCCGCUAACCUAAAUAGUGCUUCAGGAUAAGAACAGAAAUUGGGCUCCGGCGGCGCAGAGGCAGCAGGAGGCCCCAUUAGCUAAAGUGGUGCUUCAGGUUAAGAACAGUUUCAGGUUAAGAACGGACUUCCAGAACGAAUUAAGUACUUAACCCGAGGUACCACUGUAUACCCAAUUGCUGACACAGCUUAAUUAACACAAUUUAACAGCACCUGCUAUACUGCUUCACAGCUGUAAAACUGGGUCACGUUGUUUGCUCUGGCCCUUAAAGAAAUAUACAUCUUGUGGAACAAUAAUGAACCUUCAAAUUUAAAGAGACCAUUCAACAGAGCAUAUCGUUUAGCUCUUCAGAGGAGAUGCUGCUGAUCAUUCCCUGACCUGUGAAUUGUGACAAGUUGGCCUUCUCUGUGAUAGCACACACUCUGGAGUGCCCUCCCUUGGGUAAUUUGUGAGAUGGAAACAGUAAUGACCUCCGAAUGCCUUGUGAAAACGGGCUUGCUCAAGGUUUAUUCAAGCUUCACUCAAGCUUUCCUGAUUCUUUUAAGUUUUAUUUUAUUUUUGUUUUGUAUACUGCUUAGUUUUUAUUAUGGUAUAAAGUUGUGCUUUAUUUUUAUUUCCCUUUUAAUUUAGUUUUUAGGAAAUGUUACAUUUAUAUUUUUAGGUGAACUGCAUUGAGAUUUUUAUUAAAUAGUAUUAUUUUUUAUUUUUAAAAAACUUAUUUGCCAAAACUAGUUGGGGGAAGAACUGAAGAAAGAUACUGAAGACUGGGAAAAGGAAAACAACUCACACUUCCUUGUUAAUAAUCAGAGGUUUCUGGACUCCAUGGCCCUGCAAUUGCAGCAUCACAAAAUUAAGAAAGAUCAGCCCAAAAUGGUAAGUUUUGCAUGCGAGUCACUUAAUUCAGCACAUUAUUUAUUUGAUAAAAAUGUGACUGCCAUGUUUGGGAUGUGUUGUCAAUUCUUUACUAAAUAAUGACUGUGCCUUAUUGACUCUGUCUGCCAUGUUCUCUUUGGUGUGCUCUCACUUUCGUCUGGUUGCUGUUGAAAAGUUAGUCACUUAAGCUAGGAUCUAGCCAGCAUUUGAAGCUAGUUACAAAUUCAAAGCUAAUUCUGGCUAGCACAAAAUGUGGUUCAUCACCAAUGUUUACAACUGAGGGAGAAGGAACACAUGAUCCAGCAGUCUAGUCCCCCAUCUAAUUGACAGCCGAUGUUCUAUAUACAUCACAGACCAUGUCAUAAUCGUGUGUCUUGUCUGUAUAACGAUCUGGCAAACAGGUUGGGUCUAGAUUUGCAAGCUUUCGUUUUCCUUGCAGCACAGAACCAUUACAUUUCCCCCACAAAAUAAUCAACGGAGGGCUUGAAUGCUAGCCUACGAUGGCGUUCUUUCUCAGUCUUGCAGGAGUGUUUCUUUUUCUCUGUGCCUGGUGGGAAGAGGGAAGUUUGACAGCAGGGAUGUGGUGAUGCUGCCACCGCCAUGUGUGGAAAGCAGACAGGGCCUCUGGGGCACUGUUGAUCCUUGCCACCCAAGGACAGAGAUUGUACAAAACAAUAAGGUUGUCAGGAGAGAGCAUAGCAGUGCCAGCAAGACAUGCUUAACUGUUCAGAAUAUGUGGAAUGCAAAAGUUGACUAUGUCACUGAAACAUCACCGGGUGUGCAUUGGCUCCUUAGAAACCUGUGAAAAGCAGCUACUGGUCCUAUUUUACAAGUGCUGGAGCACUAAAUAUAAGUGCCACACUUUCUACAAAUUCUCAAGGGUGGACUGAACAUACUCUUGGUUAUGGAUCACUCAUUUAUCAACUGUGGGCUGCAAAUGUAUGUGGACCAGCAGCCUUCAUGCUUGUAGCAUUUCUUUUUACUGCCCCUGGGGUCUUUCAGAUAAUAAUAAUAAUAAUAAUAAUAAUAAUAAUAAUAAUUAAAUAAUAAUAAUUAAUAAUAGUAAAUUACUUACACCCCGCCCAUCUGGCUGGGUUUCCAUAGCCACUCUGGGCAGCUUCCAACAAGAGAUUAAAAAUACAUUAAAACAUCAGUCAUUAAAAACUUCCCUAAACUUCCCUAAACAGGGCUGCUAAAGUUAGAUAGAUAAGAUAAGAUAAACUUUAUUUGCAUUAGCCAACGGCCUUAGCAACAUAAAACAAGCAAUAUAUACAAAUAAAAUAAAGUUAGAUAGUUGUUUAUUUCCUUGACAUCUGAUGGGAGGGCGUUCCGCAGGGCGGGUGCCACUACCGAGAAGGCUCUCUGCCUGGUUCCCUGUAACCUCACUUUUCUCAGUGAGGGAACCGCCAGAAGGCCCCCGGCGCUGGACCUCAGUGUCCGGGCUGAACGAUGGGGGUGGAGAUGCUCCUUCAGGUAUACUGGGCCGAGGUCAGCACCAACACUUUGAAUUGUGCUUGGAAACGUACUGGGAGCCAAUGUAGGUCUUUCAAGACCUGUGUUAUGUGGCUGCUGCGGCCGCUCCCAUUCACCGGUCUAGCUGCCACAUUCUGGAUUAAUUGCAGUUUCUGGGUCACCUUCAAAGGUAGCCCCACCUUUGGGGCUACCUUUGAAAUACUGAACAUCUCUUGGAAGUAUCAGGGUGGAGCUUUUGCUUGGUAGGGCUGCAGGGCUCUUUCUGUUAGCUGCUGCUCCAAUGUAGAAAGAGGCAACAGAGAACUUACUGAAGAAUUGCAUUAUUGUUUAACAGAGUUAAAGCAACAUUUAUUUCUCUUUUUUUGCAGUCAUUGAAGAGGGAUGAAUGUGGAACUCCCAAAUCAGCCACUAAAAGACCUGCAGGAGGUGUGAACAUGCCACCUCCUAGCAAGAUGCGGAAAGUAAAUAAUCUUUUGAUCCAACAGGCAAUUAUCUGAUAGAAAUCAUGUGCAUGCUUCGAAGCCAAAGUACAAGGAGCCCUAUUCAACUAGCUUGCAUCAACCAGAAGCAAAGUACAGUAAUGACAACUUGCCUUAUUUUAUUUGACAGAACCCCUGUAUGUGUGUAUGGGAAAUUCAUCCGGAAGACAAAAAUGUAUCAAGGAGUUAGUGAUCUGCCAUGGUUACCCUUCCUGCCUCUGUUCCUUCCCCUUUCCUUGCUCUUGUUAAGUUUUUAGAUGGUGUCAGAACAGUCUUUAAUGUCUUGAAGAUUGGGAGGAGGUGAAGCCAGGGGUGUAGGAAGGCUUCCAACAAGAGAUUAAAAAUACAUUAAAAUGUCACACGUUAAAAACUUCCCUAAACAGGGCUGCCUUCAGAUGCCUUCUAAAUGUCAGGUAGUUGCUUAUCUCUUUGACAUCUGAUGGGAGGGGGUUCCACAGGUGGGCGCUACUACCGAGAAGGCCCUCUGCCUGGUUCCCUGUAGCUUUUGCUUCUCUCAGUGAGUUAUAAUUUUUUCAAGUAUACAUCAAAUAAAAAUUAUGAAUCUCCAGACUUCUCACCAUCCCCUCCAUGGGUCCUAUUAUCAGUUUCAACUGCAUAUUAUUUCAUCAUCCAUAUUUUAGGUCUAUCCAUAUUAUCCCACAUUACAAGUUUUGUUAAAAUCCUGCUGAUGUUUCCAUUUGCUUACAGUGGUCUCUUAAAUAAGUUAUAAAUCUUUCCCAUUCUUUCUUGAAACUUGUCUGCUUGGUCUGCAAGGGCCAUCGAGUCUGCUUUGUCUGCAAGGGCCAUCGAGUCCAACCCCCUGCCAAGCAGGAAACACCAUCAGAGUACUCCUGACAUAUGGUUGUCAAGCCUCUGCUUAAAGACCUCCAAAGAAGGAGACUCCACCACACUCCUUGGCAGCAAAUUCCACUGUCGAACAGCUCUUACUGUCAGGAAGUUCUUCCUAAUGUUUAGGUGGAAUCUUCUUUCUUGUAGUUUGGAUCCAUUGCUCUGUGUCCGCUUCUCUGGAGCAGCAGAAAACAACCUUUCUCCCUCCUCUAUGUGACAUCCUUUUAUAUAUUUGAACAUGGCUAUCAUAUCACCCCUUAACCUCCUCUUCUCCAGGCUAAACAUGCCCAGCUCCCUUAGCCGUUCCUCAUAAGGCAUCGUUUCCAGGCCUUUGACCAUUUUGGUUGCCCUCCUCUGGACACGUUCCAGUUUGUCAGUGUCCUUCUUGAACUGUGGUGCCCUAGGAUCGUGUGACCUAGAUUGGGACAUUGAGUCAGGGGCUCCCCACUUCUUUCCCUGGUUUCACCUCAAACAGAGCCUUUUAUUUUAGCCCUGGCUGCUGCAUAUAAUUGGGUAUCUGUAUUACAGCUAUGUUGCAGCUUCCUCUAGGGAGGGUGAUGUCCAGUUUCAUAUCAUGAACACCAGAUGGCAGUGCAUCAUAAAGAAAGCCUUUCCCACAAACAUAUCCCUCAAAUAAAUCUGUAUGGCAGCCAUGCGUUUGACCAUGAAGCACUAUAAACUAGAGAUGUUUCCCUCCGUGGAGACACCCUUUGGGGAAAGUGCUACAGCACAUGCGUCUUCCUAGCCUCAGCCACUUUUCCUUUUCCCCGCUUCCCCAGAUAUUGUGUGCUUGUGUGCAUUCCACAGUUGGAUGUGUCUUUCACUCCAAAUGGAGAACGAAACACUGAACACCUAGCAAUGAAUAUGCUGUCUGCUUUGAUGAAACGAAAGUAUUGUUAUGGGAAUUCUAAGGACUUACGUAUGUGUUUGCCUUGUACAUUUAUGAAUGUUUAUAUUAUUACACACACUACACUUGAUCUUAGCCAAAAGGCCGAGUAUAUAAGUAUAUAAACCACGUGUCUGAAACAGUACAGGAGAACAACCCUGAAGCCAUUUUGACUCUUCCAGUAACCUCAAAUAAUAUCUUCAGUAAGGAAGGAAAUGGGGAAGCCUCCCCCAUUGUCUCUUUGCUCACAAAUCCUGCCUUCAGGGCAUAUUUGUGUAUGAACAGGGUGAGCCUGUGAACUGGAUUCAGGAACUAAGUAUUUAGCAUCUCAAAAGGAAUGGCCAGGCUGCCCAAGUAAAGCAAUCAGUGACCAUUAUCAGUAUCCUGCCAAACGGGAUUUGUGUUGCAGACUGCCCCCUUCAGUGAUGUGUGUAUGAUGUUUUGGAGGGUGGUCUCAAGGUAAAGGGACGCGGGUGGCGCUGUGGGUUAAACCACAGAGCCUAGGACUUGCUGAUCAGAAGGUCGGCGGUUCAAAUCCCCACGACGGGGUGAGCUCCCGUUGCUCGGUCCCUGCUCCUAUCAACCUAGCAGUUCAAAAGCACCUCAAAGUGCAAGUCGAUAAAUAGGUACCACUCCGGCAGGAAGGUAAACGGCGUUUCCGUGCGCUGCUCUGGUUCGCCAGAAGCGGCUUAGUCAUGCUGGCCACAUGACCCGGAAGCUGUACGCAGGCUCCCUCAGCCAAUAAUGCGAGAUGAGCGCCGCAACCCCAGAGUCGGUCACGACCGCACCUAAUGGUCAGGGGUCCCUUUACCUUUCCUCGAGGUACAGGGUGGGCAAUUUCAAAAGUCUGUAUCAGGGCUUGCAUACCAUUGUUCGGGGUUCCCCUCCUGACUUCAGCAUGUGGUUGUGAGCACCCUGUGGCAACAGUAUAAUAAAGAUCAUGCUUACUAGCUGCUUUGCUUCUCAAUAUUCUCUGGUGGGCCUCUGUUAUUUUCUCCUUUCGAUAGGAACCUACUUUAGGACUCUAUAUGGGCUCUUGGAUACCCGAUAAGGGGAAAGGAGCGGUUUUUUCUUAUGAGAGUAUCCAUGGCACAUCUAUCUCACAAGCAGCUGACAUACAGUUGGUUCUGUUUGAGGUCCUACAUGCAGGCACUUAAACUGCUGUGCUUGAUUUGCGCUAGUGUUGAAAUCUAACCCACGUGAUCCCUGUCUCCCUGGGGGGUGGGGGUGGUUGUUGUUCUUGUUGUUUAGUCGUGUCACACUCUUCGUGACCCCAUGGACCAGAGCACGCCAGGCACUCCUGUCUUCCACUGCCUCCCGUAGUUUGGUCAAACUCAUGCUGGUAGCUUUGAGAACAUUGUCCAACCAUCUCGUCCUCUGUCGUCCCCUUCUCCUUGUGCCCUCCAUCUUUCCCAACAUCAGGGUCUUUUCCAGGGAGUCUUCCCUUCUCAUGAGGUGGCCAAAGUAUUGGAGCCUCAGCUUCACGAUCUGUCCUUCCAGUGAGCACUCAGGGCUGAUUUCCUUCAGAAUGGAUAGGUCUGAUCUUCUUGCAGUCCAUGGGACUCUCAAGAGUCUCCAGCACCAUAAUUCAAAAGCAUCAGUUCUUCGGCGAUCAGCCUUCUUUAUGGUUCAGCUCUCACUUCCAUACAUCACUAUUGGGAAAACCAUAGCUUUUACUAUACGGACUUUUGUUGGCAAGGUGAUGUCUCUGCUUUUUAAGAUGCUGUCUAGGUUUGUCAUUGCUUUUCUCCCAGGAAGCAGGCGUCUUUUAAUUUCGUGGCUGCUGUCACCAUCUGCAGUGAUCAUGGGUGGUAGGAAGAGACAAUCCCACACUGGGUGCCUCAGUCAUAUCAAACCAGAAAGAAUCUUCAUGGAAACUGCCAGAUGUUCUGAUCCAAAGAUACCAGAUAACUCUUGCUGGUUCAUAUGUGUACAGUACUACUGUGGUUUGGGAAAUAAGCAGCAAACUCUUGGAUGCACAGACUUAAGCUGGCCUUGAUACCUAGGUUGGGAGGUUAGGGCAUGACCCCGCCCCUGAAUUUUUAAGUAUUUUAAAAAUAGGAAUGUGAGUCUGAAGCUAUUAGAAGCCUGUAAUUGUCAGAUUCAAGGUGUCUUGACAAAUCAGAAAAUAUUUUCAUCUAAGUUCAUACUAGAAUUGAAAGCUCAGCGUGAAGUCUUCAUAAGCUUCAUUUUUCUGAGGUUAAAUAGAAACUGUAAUUUUACUCCGCAUGCUUUGCACUGACUGUCUUUUGGGAACAACACUUGUUCCUAUGUUAAUGCAGCUGCUUGUCUUAGUUAGGUUAGAGGCUUCAACCAACAAAGACAGGAUUCUUCAUAGUAUAGUCUCAUAUCUAGCAGGGAAAAACCUCUUUCUUUUGCAUCUGUCAAUAUUUUAUAUUUUAUUCUCGGGUUUUUCCCUUGCCAAAUAUAUUUUGAGAUAUAUUUUUGCCAUACGUUGAAACAAUCUGUCUUGUCAAUCACCAUCCAGAGAACCUUCUGUUGAAAAGACUGGAUCCCUGACUACAAUUCAUGCAAGGGAUCUAGAACGGCAAUGCUACGCACACUUCCUAAGGCAUAAGCCCCAGUUAAUACAGUCAGACUUACCGUAACUUCCAAGCAAACACUCCUAGGAUUGUGCUGCAAAAUGAACUUCCGUUUAGAAACAAGACUUUUGUAAAUCUUGAUUAUGUACCGUGAUUAUGGCAAUGAGUUGACAUGAGUAGAGCUACUCUGUGCGGGUAGCUUUUUGUGCUUGGUUGUUUUUAAGAUUGAAAUUAUUUUUAAACAGCUGCCUUGUAGACUUCUUAAAUGGGAUUGGGAUUGUAAAUGGUUUUUUAAAUUUAAAUUAAGCACUAUAAAUGGAAUAACAUUUUGGAAAGCAAGAUUUUAUUAACUCUGCAGUUACUUAAAUAAAAAGCUAUGCUAGC